ACCAUAUUUAUUGCCUCCAUUUCCAUCGUUCCUCCUCCCAAUAUCUACUACUCAAUAAAAACUCCACCAUUCCCUUCAAAGCAACAAAGAAGAAGUUUGAAAUGGCUGCUCCUACUCACUCAAAGCUCAUCAUCAUCGUCUUCCUGCUGCAACUCAUCAGUACCAAUCCCGCCAUCUCCAUGGCUGCUGCUGCUGCUGAUCAUCUGGCAAACCCACAAGUGAGUUAUCAGAUGAGGAAGCUGCUGCAGAUGGAUCUGGUGUUGGACUACGAGAAAGAUCCAGGAGCAAAUACGAAGCACUUGCCAGGUCCCAAGCCGCCCACCAAACCUGGAGUCGGUGGCUGAAACUUCAUUUUUAUAGUACACUCUCACAAGUUUCAACCAGCUGUUAUAUGGUUUGAUUAAUAUAGAUGUACAAUACUAUCUACUUACUUCAGCAAUAAAAAAUAAAAGGACAGAAAUGUCUUCAGGUUUAAUUGGAGUUUUGGAGAUUUUUUGGUGAAGAGUUUUGGAGAUUUCUUCUUGUUCUUCUUCUUCUUGUAUCAGUACGUCAC